AUGGCGGAUAGCUCUCAGACAAACAGCAGUUCAAAUGUUACCAAACUUCUCGAAUUUUUUCAUCUUUGUGAAAAAUUAAAGACAACAAAACGUACAGGAUGGAUAUAUCAUAAUGUAGAAAAUCCCGAAUCAAUAUCUGAUCAUAUGUAUCGUAUGUCCAUAUUGUCAUUGUCAGUUAACGAUCCAACAUUAGAUCGAGAUAAAUGUGUUAAAAUGUCUAUCGUCCAUGAUCUGGCCGAAGCCACAGUAGGUGAUAUAACACCUUACGAUGGAAUAAGUAAGGAAGAAAAGAAACGUAGAGAAUCUGAAGCAUUGCGACAUAUAUGUGAUGACUUACUUGGAAACUCUCCGCAAUCUCAAGAAAUUUAUGCUCUUUGGCAAGAAUAUGAAGAUGCAACAACAAAGGAGGCUAAAUUUGUUAAUGAUAUAGAUAAGUUUGAAAUGAUUCUUCAGGCUUAUGAGUAUGAACAAUCUCAAAAUAAAAAUCUUGAGGAAUUCUUCGAAUCGACAAAAGGAAUAUUUACUCAUCCAGAAGUUAAAUCGUGGGUUGAAGAAUUAUAUAAAAAUCGCAAACCUUAUAAACAAAAGAUUACACAAGAAAAUACAGGUUAA